GAAUUGCAAAUCUCUGUCAAACAAUCACACGGGGAACGUGUUGUCAUCUGUCAAAUUGUCAAAAUAUGCAAGUGACACGUAACUUUAUAUAAUUAAAUUACCUAUUUAUGACCUCCAAAUGUGUGAAAACGUGAAAAUUUUCUCAUCUACCGGUCAAUAAUAUAGUAUACAACAUGUCAGACAAAAGUUUCGGUGACUGUCCCAAUAGGAAUAUAGUAAAAAACCCCCUUCUUUCUACUGCCGUGACUGGGCUCUCAAUUGAAGAUUUGACGCACAACGCAGUUUUGGUCCCCGUUGCGGCUUCCCAGGGACUGAUCACAAGAUCCGAUCACCAAAUCGGGUCCGCAAACCCAACCCUGGGGCAUUCCGAGCAUGAAAUCACGAACUUUCCUUCAGGCGAUUCAAACACCAACGUGUUUUCACCUCAGACUACUAUAUCUGCCCACCCCCACUCUUUAGACAACCCCCAUCCCUCCCACCAUGACAACAGACCAGAAAAUAUGACAUCCACCGUGUCAAAGGCUUCAUCUAAAUCCGACGACGAUUUUGACGUGAACGAAUAUUUCGCAAGAUUACACGGAACUAGAUAUGUGAGCGCUCCUAUAAACAGCAAUCCGGAUCAAAAUGCUAAUCUAUCCGCAACGGAAGAUAACUUGGAAGAGAUUAAUCUGAAUGACGAUAAAAAUGUUGAUGUGCAACAAAGUUUGACCGCAGAUAUAGCUCAGAACUUCUCUCAGCUACCGACAGUUUUACCCCACGUGGCAAGUGCGGUGUUCAGCUCGUUUUCAAACAUGUUAAGUUAUAAGAGUCGAGAGCAGACUCCUGAUGAGAAGCCACAAGGGUUUCAAGAGGUGCCGUUUCAGAGCCCCGGGUCUGUGGGGCCAGGAUUCGUUGGACAGGAUCUCGCUACGCCUAUGAUGGCUGAGGAAGUGGUGAAGGAAGUGGCGCCGCCGCCGAAAGAACCCCCUGGUUGUGGAUCAUCGAACUUCAGAAUAACAACAAAAAAGAAAUACGCUCAAAUACCAGGACUAAGCUCAGGACAUAACUUCGAAACAUCACAGAAAAUUGAACUAAAUCCAUUGACAAAAAACGCCACAAAUUUCUUCGUGCCUUCACGCGAAGAAAAUGUCGUUACGGAACCUUUUAAUCCAGCACAAGAUAAUAAUAACACUACAGAAACAAAUGCACCCAAAAUACAAGAAACUUAUAAUAUUUUCAGUCCAGCAGUCGAGAAUAAGCUAAGCGAAUUUGAUACUAACGCUUUUAAUGUUCCAAGUCAGAAUGAACCAAAACCGUUUGAAGAGCGUUUACCACCACCGCCGUCUUAUGCGUCACAUGAUCCAACGCCUAGCAAUGCAAUACCACCUCCUCCGAUGUUCUCCUCACAAAGAAGCAGCAGUCAGACUGUUAAAUCUGUCUUACCUCCAUCAGUUGCCAGACGUAUAGGAUCGAACAAUCCAGUUAUUAAACCGAAAGCAGUGCAAUCGAUAACUACAGAAAAUAUAUUCGUUCCAUCAUUUGAUCCUAUGAAUUAUCCGUCUGCAGCACCGGCACAGGCUAUUGGAUCUUUUAGCAAUACACAUUCCUUAUCUGCGAUUAGUGCACCAAUGUUUGACACGGAACUGUCGACAGAAAGUCAAGAGCAGGCUAAUAUUGCGAGUAUACCGCCUCCGGCACAAUUCACACAGCCAGCGCCAACAGAGUUCGCUACUCCACCAUUGGCCCCGCCUCCUAGCGUAAUAGCACCGCCAAGCAAAGCACCACCAAGAUUACCACCACAAAACAUGGCUUCACCACCGUCUAACAUAAUGCCACCAAGUGUAGCAGCCCCACCAAUGUUUGGCCCAACAUUCUCAUCGAAUCCAACUACGUUUGUACCAUCUACCAGAUCUGUAGAUGGCAAAUCAAACGCUAGUACAGAUUAUUCUUUACCGCCAAUGAGCAAUAUUUUUUCACCAACCACGCAAGCUGCUACUCAACCUAUACAGCCACCUGGACCGAUAAAACCGCCGCCGAUUGGUUCUACACAAAAUAUAGCACCAUCAUUUUUCACUCCACCAUCAAGCAAUGUUGCGUCGUCAUUUUAUAGCGCAGAAAACGUCGUGGAGCCCCCACAGAAACCGUUAAUAGAACCACCAAAGGCUACUGGAGCAGUUAACUUUAGAAUGAAUAAGAAAAGACCACAGUAUUACUCGGGGCCAAUAGAAGGGGUUGGUUCUAUAAGCAACAGUGUCAAGCCUGUUAUACCGGCCGUAGAUUCUGGAUCAUUCCAAGGUGCUUUAUUUACGCCUGAACAGCCUAAAGCCGACCAAAACGUGCCGUCUGCUGUGCCGUUUGAUUUGAGCAAGCCUGUUGAAAAUGUGCCUCUGGUACCACAAUUUAAUGUAGCCAAUCCUCCGCAGAAUGUGCAACCUCCAGCCGCUUUUGAUAUCACUCAACCAGCUGCUUACUCACUCUAUGACAAUGAUAAUGUAAGCUAUGUACAACAUACCGAAACGCAAUAUAACACAGCAUUCGAUUUGAGCCGACCUGCAACAGAAAGUUAUAACCAACAAGAGGAGCCAAAAGAAUCCAAAGGUUUUGGAAUAAUUGGAUCGUUAAAAUCGAAACUUAGUAGCAUUGAUAUCAAUAAGAUUCAACAUAGCGUGACUACUUUCUUUGAUCCUGCUUACAAUAACGCCGUUAAAGAUGAAGCUACAGCGCAGAUGCCACAGCAAAAUGCACCUUAUUCCAAUAUGCCAUAUGAACCACAACCGGCUCAAACAAAUCUAGAUAUGUUCUUACCUUCGCAACAAAAUACUCAGACAUACAAUUACGAUUUCCAACAACAUCAGAAUGCUGUUUACUUAAACAAUGAAUAUUACAAGUAUCCGAACUUCCAGAAUCAGGGUCAACCACUUGCUGGACAUUGUUCCAAUAGCCACCACUAUCCGAGCCAUUCUUCACACCCAAAACCGUUCGAUAACCCACAAGGUUACCCAGACCCAACUGCUAAUGCUCAUAUGUUUACAAACCCAGCAUCAAAUGUCCAACAACAAGAUACCUUGAAACCUACCAACCAGCCGGCAACCCAAGAACUUAUAACAGCCAAAACAUUUAAAGAAACUCAAGAUUAUAAUGCUGAAAGGAAAAUGGAUGAAAACGUUGCAAGAGCUGGCCCUGAAGUUGCAAGACUUGUUCAAAGUACCACUUCUAUUGAAGAGAAAUUCGCUACUAAUUUCUUCGAUAUGGCACCUUCUGAAGUUCAGAAACCAUUGUUUAUCCCAACUGCUGAUAUACCUGCCAGUGUGCCUGAUAUUCCUAAAGCUGACUUAUUCCAAGAAAUUAAACAUAUACCACAAGAUGCUAAGCCGGAACCAGUAGCAAUGUUUGAUCCUAAUACAGUAAAUCUAUUUGGUAAAUUGACUAUUGAUAAUAAAGAACCCGAAAGAGACAAAGCGGAAAAACAAAACAUACCAACUUAUGGUGCACAGAGCAUAGAUUUAUUUGCAAAUAUAGGAACCAAUGAAGACAAGAGUGCGGAUUUAACGUCACAAUUAUUUCCGAAUGCACCUGCUGAUAAGAAUGACGCCCAAAAAUCUGAAGAUAUUAUAAAAGCUGAUAAUUUAUUCUCUAGCCCACUUUUUGAUAGCAAAGAAAAUACUCUUGCAGAGGACAGUCUAUUAAACACAUUAAGUAAAGAUGAUGUACCUAUUCUUGGAGUAUCAUCAGUACCUUUAUUUGGGCUAAGCACUAUACUUGCUGAUAAAGCUAAAGAAUUUAAUCAAGCAGAGAAGGCUUCAAGUUUAUCUGAUAGAAAUUCCAGUAUGAGCUUCUUUAAUCACACUCAAAAGUCUGAAGAUUAUGGAGCCAAGACCGCCGACCCUCUCAACAGAAACGCCAGUUUCAGUUUCUUUGAAAACCUCCCUAAAACACAGCAAAAUGAUGACCACGAUUAUGACAAAAAGACAGAAAUUUUAUCCGGAAAAUCUAGCGCAAGUUUUUUCGAAAAUGUAGAUGCUAGAGGCCAGGAAAUAAAAUUUGAAAGAUCUGACAAUACAAACGAUAUAGAAAAUGAUAAAAAUGAAUAUCAAACUGCAAACAUUGGCAUAGAAACUCAGGAAGACAAAGAAAGUGUUUCUGAAUUAAGCAUUUGUGAGACUUGUCGAGAAGUAAAUAAACCUGAGGACAAAGAAGAUGACCAAGAUGUGACCAAUCAGCUUAUAGAGAAUAUUACUUCACCUAUACAACUAUCGAACCCCGUUGAAGCACCUCUCUCUGAAGCUUCUUUAAAUGCACCGACUAAUACUGAACAAAUAAAACUCGACGCUGGACAAUUUGAAGAGAUAUCACAUAUUACCGAAGAAACAAUUGAAACGAUACAAGUGCAAUCAGCCACCGAACUCCUUGAAGACGUUGAUGAGAUAAAAUCCAUGAAUUACGGCUGGACCGAAAGCGCUCUAAAACAAGAUUACAAUUUCAAUAUCGAUCCCAAUCCUAUAGGUUUUAUUGGAUGUAAUUCGCUCUUUUUCGAUAAAGUACCGACAAAUGCUGAUGAAAUUAAGCAUCAUGAGGAUAUGUUGGCCAGGCAGCUUAGUGCACCUUCCGCUCCACCCGCUGAAGAUGAAGAAGACUCUAAAUCUGAUGAGGCUGGUAUUUUAGACGUACACUCAAUAGAACAGGAUGCGAAUAAAGACUUCCCAAUAUUCGAAGAGUUUGUUAUAGAACCAGAAAAUGAUGAUGACAAAGACUUUAGCGAGAGUUCAGAGAAAGAGCUAGACUCGUUCACAAACAGAGUUGAGAAAGCCAAGAACAUGGAUCUAUCUGAACCUACUGAUCACCAGAAAGGUUUAUUCUUUGAUACGCCAUCACAACCAAUUAGCAUGGUUUCUUACUUUGAUACAGGCAACUAUGCUGUUGAGACUCACUAUAGAAACACAAAUACCCGACCUGCACCGACUCUAACCAUACCUCCAGGGUUUGAAGAAGAUUUUAAAAGGAGAGUAGCACUAGCUAAGCAAAGAGAAGAGAAAAUAAGGAAAGAGUUGACAGUAGUACCAGAUACUUCAACACAGACAAGGACAACAUCUGUAGCUACAUAUUGCUCGUCUCGGAUUGCUCCUACGUUUAGCACUGCUCAGCCAAUAGGAUUCAAUGUAGAAGCUAACAUAACAAGCUUAGUUGAUGAUCUGAGCGAACCUUCUCCUGAAUUCGAAGCCGCCCCCGGAUCAACACUUACAAAGUCAUUUAAAAAGAACAAAGACGAUGAGCAUAAGAAACUAAAAGAUCUACCAACAGACUUUAUUGAUGACGGAGAAGAAAAUCUAGCGGCAAAACUGCCUGAGAUACCCGAUGUUUUCAGUUUCAAAUCGACUAAAAACGAACCUAAAAUGCCUGAAUUUCCCAUAGCCCCCGGUGCAAAGAUUGAAGAUAAAUCAACUAAACUACCUGAUUUAUCAACCGCUUUUGCUCCCAAAUUAGAAGACAAACUCGAGCCAACUUUGCCCGCGUUUACUGCUUUUUCGGCCCCCAAAGAAGAAAAAGCAUUUACCGCAUUUUCGGCCCCCAAAGAAGAAGAAGCAUUUACCGCUUUUUCAGCCCCCAAAGAAGAAAAAGCGGAAACUAAACUGCCAGAUCCUAUUAACUUUUUCUCGGACACAACCGCAAAUCCUUCAGAAAGUUUCAGUCGUCUAGCCAGUUAUUUUUCGUCACCCCCCAAAACGGAACACGCGAAAUCUUUUUUUGAAUUAAGCCAGAGCCAAAACCACUAUAGGCACGCCUCUGCCGAACAAAAAACCAAAAUCCACGAUUUAAUGAAAGACUUAACUUCGGUUCAAAAUUUAACUGUAACUAAAGACCAAACUGUGCGUCACGUUAACUAUUUUACCGUUGAAUAUGAUGCCGUUUUACCAGACUUUAACAAAGGUGACGUUAACAAAGAAAGAGGAGAAUUGGUGGACACUAAUGACGUUAUAGAUCUAGGUAGUCUCGUAACCAAUUGUAGGUAUUGUUCGAAGAUAAUUGAUAAUAGUUUUAAAGUGAGAACAGCGGUUAAUGAGAAAAGUGAUCAAGGCAGUAAUAGUCCACCUAUGGAGCCUAAAAAAGAAACAGCAAGGGGGUCGGUGACCGUCAAUUUUGAUGGUUUGGCCAUACACGAGGAGUCGAAUGAAGAAGUCGCUGGGUUAAAUGAGAACCGAGCGGCAACGGAGUACACGCCAGUAAAACACCACUGGUUCUACCGCGUGGACGUGGAAGACAAGUCUAUAUGGAGAGGGUUCUCCGUGGCAGAUUCCAGGGCGCUCGAAACUGCUUAUUUGAACCCGGAACUGAACGACCAAACCCUGGUGCCUACAGACGGGGGUAGAUACGAUGUGAACGUGGUGGGCAGACUUCGUAUACCCGUCUACUGGACUGAUAAGCCUACCAAUGUUAGAAGAUGCAGUUGGUUCUACAAAGGUACAACGGAUGCCAGAUAUGUGCCGUACACCGAACCAGUGGCCGAGAAAUUAGAGGAAGAGUAUCGCCACGGUAUGACAACCUCAGAAUGGCACAGACGUCUGGUGUUACCCAACGGAGAGGUGGUGGUCAUGCAUGGCCCGGCUGUCAUGGUGCAUUUCCUGCAUAGUGAUGCUUUUAGUACUCCGCCGCAAUCCAGUUCCCGCCCCCGCGUGGUCCGCCGAGGUCACGACGAGUCAGAGAUCGAGGACACAGAGCCGUCCAGCAUCGAUCAUCUGCUGUUGCUCUGUCAUGGCGUCGGAUCCGCUUGCGAUAUGCGCUUCCGGUCCGUUGAGGAAGUCGUGGAGGACUUCAGAGCGACCAGCUUACAACUGAUACAGUCUCACUACAGGAACUCGUAUGAUCAGGGCGUCGUCAGCAGAGUCGAGGUACUCCCCAUAUCCUGGCACGCAACCCUCCACUCCGGAGAGACAGGUGUAGACCGCAGACUCUCACAAAUAACCCUGGACAGCAUACCCCGGCUGCGCAACUUUACCAACGACACUGUGCUCGAUGUGCUGUUCUAUACCAGCCCCGUGUUCUGUCAGACAAUAUUGGACACGGUAUGCAAAGAGCUGAACCGUAUAUACGAGAUAUUUCUGCAGCGGAACCCCACGUUUAAAGGGGGCGUUUCACUAGGCGGACACUCAUUGGGCAGCGUUAUAUUGUAUGAUUUGCUGUGUCAUCAGGCUGAGCCCUCCAAAGAUGGUUCAAUCAGUCCUUCUAACAAGAACUACGUGAAGGGCCCCGCGGGUACCGGGCAGCCUUGCGUCAACUACCCGCAGCUGGCGUUCAAGCCGGCCGCCAUGUAUGCGCUGGGAAGCCCUAUAGCUAUAUUCGAGUGCAUUCGUGGCGUGGAGUCGCUAGGAUCGAGCUUCUCUCUGCCGACAUGCAAGAACUUCUUCAAUAUAUUCCAUCCCUAUGACCCGAUCGCUUAUAGGAUUGAGCCACUGAUCAAUCCGGUACUACGCGAUCUGAAGCCCUACCUCAUUCCGCAUCACAAAGGCAGGAAGAGGAUGCAUCUAGAACUAAAAGACACGAUGGCUCGUGUGGGCGCGGACUUGAAGCAGAAGCUGCUGGAGUCACUGCGCAGCACGUGGAACAAGUGGAAGACUGCACCACCCACUGAUGGACAGCUGGAGAAGGUGGUAGAAGAAGAAAUUGAGAAAGAACAAUUGACAGAUGAAAGCUCAGAAGAAUUAGCCAGAGAGACUGAACUGUCGACGCCGGACAAGCUAGGGCGGCUGAACAACGGUCGUCGCGUUGACUACGUGCUGCAGGAGGCGCCGCUAGAGAUGAUCAACGAGUACCUCUUCGCUAUGAGCAGCCAUGUUGGAUACUGGGAAUCAGAAGACACGAUGCUGCUAAUGCUGCGCGAGAUAUACGACGCUCUGGGCGUUCAGCCGGACUGCACCGUGCCCCAGCAGAACCUUACCGUACAGAGGACCAGGACUGUCACUAAGGAUGAAACAAUUGUCAUCAAUUCAGAUUAUCCAUCAACAAGCCGCGGAGCGAUAUGAAGUGUGUAUGAAUAAAAAAAUAGUUUAAUUUUAUAUUUAAUACUUAGUAAACAACAAUAAUAUGCAUUUUAUUUUGGUUGUUAUAUUUUAAGGCUAUAUCUUGGUAACCAAACGAUUUUCUUAAAAAUAUAGAAAUUUCAUUUCACGAGAGCGGGUGAGCCUUAAUUGGUCUUAAUUCUGCUAACUUUACUCAAGCUACAUACGGUUGAUAUCCAAUUAAGAUUCAAUCACGACUCAAUUACGAUUAAAGCGUGACAUUCCUCAUUUUUUUCUUUUAAAUUAACUUUUUUUUAUUAUCUGUGAUUCAGUAAAAUGAAUCGUUUUGUCUGUUAAUGAUUUACGAUUGCACUAUGAUUGUAGAGCAAACUACCGUAUAGACCAAAUGGCAGAACAAUGAAAUGUCAUUGGAAUACGAUUGGUCUUAUAUCAGAUGCUAUAACUGCUAUUGAGAUUCAAUUGUUAUCCAAUUGUCACAUUAUUAACUUAGCAGAAUCAAGCCCUUGUGUGUAUGUAAAAUGUAAAAGCAUUGAUUUUGUAUGACUCGGUGACUCGACCAAUAUUGAGCGUUCCUGAGGUUUCGCAUAAGUGUGGCUCACCCGCUUUCUCUAUACCAAGAAAAAGCCUAUAGUACUCAAAAUUGGGAUAUGUCUUUCUACGGAGAAAUGUAGCAUUUUAAAUAGAUAUAUACCUAGUCAUAAAUGUGGAAAUAUUAAAAGUUAAUCAUCUGCCUAGCCUUUUCCCAACUAUAUUGGGGUCGGCUUCCAGUCUAGGGUCGCUGAAAAAUUUGAUACCGUGCCCGAGUAACUGGGUUGAGGAGGUCAGAUAGGCAGUCGCUCCUUGUGAGUACCAGACUCAGCUGUAUCCGGUUAGACUGGAAGCCGACCCCAACAUAGUUGGGAAAAGGCUACCCUUUUUCAAUAACGGUAAAUAUAAUGUACAGUUCUAUUAGAUGUGUCACCAAACAUUAUUUGUCUUAUAAUACAUUAAUAGUUAGGUCAUAGUUUAAAAAAAUCACAGUUAUUUAAAAAAAUAUAUCCGUAGAAUGACGUUUAAUUAUUUAAAAUACUGAAAUUAAUAAAAAUAGAUAGGUGUAAAAUUAUUUUUCGCAUUUUUUUUUUACUUUUCACUGAAUUGUCAGAAAUCUAAUAUGAAUUUGAAAUUUAAUUAAAAAUUCAUUUGUAAUGAAAUACGUUUUCAGAAAAAAGUAAAAAAAAUACGGUUCACUUCAAAAAAAAAAUUAAUGAUAAGUUCAGUAUUCCACCAAGAAAAAAAGAAAAUUUUGAAAAAAAUACGCAAAAAAAAUAUACAUACCUAAUUAAUAGUAAUAAUAUUGUAAAUUAUCCACACGAAGAUAUUUGUUAAAUUAAGAAAUAUCUUGAUUUAAAAAGUGUUUAUUUAAAAUUAAUAUAAGAUUUUUAAACUGCUGUUCAAGAUGACUUUAAAAAAAAAUCAUCAAAAUUUCUAAAAAACAUUAUAUUGGGAUAUUUUCAAACUAAGUGAUUUCCCGACUUCAGAAGAUUUUAAACAACCAAAAGAAUUUCUUUCCUUAAAGCUAAGCGUCCACUUGUCGGUAUCGUACGCAACGGACGUAUCGCACGCAACGGAUCGCAGUAUUAUUUAUAUAGAAACUCAAACAAGUGCGUCCACCUGUCCGCAUCGUACGCAUCGCACAUCUUGUUUGAGUUUCUAUAUAAAUAAUACUACGAUCCGUUGCGUGCGUUGCGUCCGUUGCGUACGAUACCGACAAGUGGACACUUAGCUUAAAAAUCUCGUCUUUACCCACUCAAAGGUAUUCUUGAGCACGCAAAUAUCGGUCCUGCUUGUGAUCUCUCUCCGGUGGUGUCGGAUUGUCGUUCCAUCGCGCCAUGAGAGUGAAGGAAUAGUGAGUGCACCGCAGUCCAAACAAAUGUGCGUGCACUAUAAUAUGUGCUGCGCAGCUGGCUGAUCUCCUUAGAGAGAACAGCCUCCGUGGCUGUUGAUCGGCUAGGAUGGUAUUGAGAAAAUUCAAUUGGUUGUUUUAAAACUUCGGAAACAAUGGGAAAUAUCUAUUUAAAUAUAAAAGUUACACUAAACAGUAGUUCUAAAUAAUGUAUUUAGUUUAAAUAUGAAAUAUUUCUGGCCGUUGUCACUUAGCAGAUUAAAUAAAUAAAUUCACUGUUUUUUUUUAAUUUUAUUUUGUUUUUAUUGAAAAAAAAAGUUAAGUGAUUGAGAGCGUUAUUUUUUUUUUGUUGAUUUUAGCUUUAAAAUUAUAUUAUGUAUAUCUUUAAGAUAGGUGUCACUUAAGUUAAAAACAGUAGAGAAAUGGGAAUUUUUCAUUUAUUUUUGCAACAUUACAGCAAGUUUUAGCAUUUUUUUCUUAGUUUGACGUCUCAAAAAAUUUCAAAAAAUUCUUAUAAUACUUUAAUAACUAUAUUUCCAAUUUCCUCUACUGUACACUAAAGAAAUAUUGAUAAAUUGACAUUAAUUUCAAAAAAAAAAACUUGAACACAGACAUUUUUGAAGCGCAUUUUUUUUUCUUUUAUCUUCACAAUUUUUUUUUUUUAAGUAAUUAAGUUUCUUUUUUCAAAAAUAAAUGAUUUUGUAAUGUUAAAACGUUCAGGCGAUUCAGUAUGCAGUGUGAGAGAGUGAUGGAGCUAAGUAUAAUGGAUAGCGCCGUCCCUUUUUCUCACAUCUCUUGAAACGCCUUUCGUUCAUCUGGUUAAUUUAACUGGAAGCAGUAAGUUGCAUCAUUUAACUAUAACGAUAACCAUUUUCAGUUCUCAAAUUGCCGAUUUGACCAAUUUCACGGCUGGUUAUGGUUUAUUUAAAGAGUCAAUUUAUCAAUAUGUUUUCUUCCAUAAUUUAACAUGAGAACAUAUUUAUAUCUUUUUUGAAAGUUGUUAUAGUAAUAUUGACACUACUAGCUUCCGGUUUCCGGAUAACAGUAGCAUAUUGCUCUCCUCGGGGCUACAUAAAACUGAAUUAAUUUUCAAAAUCUUGGGUUAGCGCGGUCAAAUAAACUCUUGCCUUUUCGUUUUUGGUGGAGAAUUUAAUCCUACAUCUACAGUAUGCUUUUAUAAUCAUAUAAAAAAAGUUUUCGUACUAAGUGUUACGAAUUAUUUGUUUUCCAAGUUAUAUUUUCCCUUAUUCUUUUUUACCAUACUGAUUUCAAUAAUAGUAGAGUGGGAUAAUUCAGGUGUCAUUUACGUUUUCACACAGCUUCUGGGCUUUUCAAUAUUCGCCAUUUUACACUUCUCGUUUUGGCGUCAUCCAUCUGAACCCGGUCCUCCCACUCAUCUACUCUGGCAACCCGGUCCCACUCUGGCGACCCAGUCCCACUCUGGCUGGCAACACAGUCCCACUUUGGCGACCCAGUCCCACUCUGGCGACCCAGUCUCACUCUGGCGCCCCUGUUCCAAUCUGGCGUCCCUGUCUACUAUACCGUCGUCGAAUUGUGUCAAUAUUGCUAUCCAACUCGAUUAGUUUAAGUUUAGUAACAAAUAAAUGGAUUCCAAGAUAGAGCUAUUUAUUUUAUUAAAAACAAAAAGAAUUGUUAUAAUUAUUUGUUUCUAAGUUUUUCUCCAUCAUUAUUUAUGUAAACAAUCAUGUAAACGAAAUUGUUAACAUUACAAAUAAAGUUUAUAUUUUACUAGA